AUGUCUCAUGGGGCGGUUAUAAGAAGGCUAGAAGAUUCUGCUGAGCCUCAAUUAACUAGCUUACGAGAAAAUCCCGCAAGUUUGAAGUUCCAUGAAUCUGCUCUCAUCCUGACGCCUGGUGAUCGAAACAUCCAAUCUGACAGUAUUCUCCUCUAUCUCUUCAAAGAUUUACUCUAG